UUUCUAAGAGCAUUAACUCUGGAGUAUUCUGGUGGUGACAGGAGUGUCAGGGUCAGAUGGCUGCUCAGCCUGAUUAGACCAGCUCACGGCAGAUCCUUAGCCCAGCGCACACACUGUACUCCUGCAGCAGAAGAGAGCCACGAACAGGCACAUGCAGCACGUUGCAGUGACUACAGAGCCGGCCGGAAAGGACAGCAAGAAAGGGAGGAGGUUAAUGUUCUAGUGGGUCACAGUUAGCUACAGGUGGUUGUAGAAAUACUGCCCCCCCUACUUCUGGAUGUCUUUCUUGUUCGUUGUGGAAAACUACUAAAAACGAGGUGACUGAACAAAAUCUGUGUUUGGAGGGGACACUGAGGACCUAAGUGAACCGUCGGUUGAUGGCGUUUGUGCGGCAGAGUGGGGACUACUGCCACGCUCAACACAUUUAGACGGUGUCUGGGACGAUGCUGCGCCAUGCAGUCUUGGGGCUAUGAACACUGAAAGAGCGCUAUCAUUUGCCUUAUGAACUCACCAGCUAAUGGGGUAGCAAGUGGAGAUUCAGCACUGAAAGCUGAACAGAGAGAAAAGGACAUAAAGAGUGACUGAGAGAAACAAAAGAAAGCAAGCAUCAGAGACAAUCACAAGCAUAAAAAGUAAGAGUGACACAGUGUAGACUACUGGACUAUAGGACACAGGCAUCAGAUGGCAUAGCAAUCAAGAAGACACAUCCUAAGGACUGGUGAAUAUACAUCGGUUAAAACAGGAAGGAGGUCCAUAUUCAUCUGGAGAUUUAAGUUAAAGACAGCUACAAACUACUACAGCUAAAGGUCAAAGGUCUCCUUGCAGAGUCAAAGGUUAAACAAGCCACCAUGAACCGUCCUGCUCCUGUGGAACUGUGCCACAAGAACAUGAGAUUCCUCAUCACACACAACCCCACUGACAGCACACUCAACUCCUUCAUAGAGGUCUUAAAAAGGUACGGAGUCACAACUGUGGUGCGUGUUUGCGACAGCACUUACGACAAAACUCCUCUUGAGAAAGAUGGGAUCACUGUGGUGGAUUGGCCCUUUGAUGAUGGAGCCCCGCCCCCUAACAAGCUGGUUGAUGAUUGGCUGACUUUGUUGAAGAAGAAGUUUCAGGAGGAUCCUGGGUGUUGUGUGGCUGUUCACUGUGUUGCUGGAUUGGGAAGGGCUCCUGUGCUGGUGGCUUUAGCGCUGAUAGAAAGCGGGAUGAAGUAUGAGGAUGCCAUACAGCUCAUCAGGCAGAAACGCAGAGGAGCCAUCAACAGUAAACAGCUGACAUACUUGGAGAAAUAUCGAUCGAAACAGAGACUUCGUUUCAAAGAUCCUCACACGCACAAGAACAAGUGUUGCAUCAUGUGAAAAAGCACGUUCACACACAAACACUGAAAGACUACUUGCACCCAUCACGAAUGUCUCAGGAAUCCAGUUGUAUAGGCCUUACAGUGACUACACCGCCUCUCCCUGCAAAUAUUGCUGUUAUUGCAAGUUAUCAUUUUUCUUUUUACUGAUUUCAUAUCUAUUAAUAAAAGUGGAAAAAAAGGUGAAGAAUAUAUAUUAUAAGUCAGAAUGAAAUGUCAUAGAGUUUGGUAGCUGUAGAAAACGCUGAUAAGAUCUUGGAGUCUGAUGACAGGUAAGGCAUGAAGGCACAUGGUUCAUCUUUAGAGUUAUUUUAUUCUAUUAUGCUGAAGAAAAUGUGUGGAAUGGAACAAAUUUUAUUUAUUUAUUUAUUUUUUGCUUUAUGGCUGAUGGUUGCUGCUCAACACCUAAACCUGUCUAUGUUUAAAUAUCAAUGCAAACAAGGUGAAGAGUGCGUUCAGUAGUUUGUCAUUUGAAUAAAAUCAGAGACAAACCUUAAAUAAUUUGCUCCAUUAAAAAAAAGAAGUUUGUUAUGUUCUUGGAUAUUUGAUCUUUGGUAUUGGAUCUUUUACACUUCCUUAAACAUAUUUUGGUUGUGUUUACAUCACUUGUGUUUUUCCUGAAUUAUGCUUGUGCGCCACUUUUUCAGACACUUUAUAUUUAACAUAGCCACUUUUGGUUGAUCACACUGCAUGCACUUUUUAUAUGUAAUUAGACCUGAAGAUAAUUUUCUUCUUGUCUUGAACAAUAAUAUUUGAUGAAACAAAUAAGAGAAGAAAAGCAAAAAUAUAAAAGCAAAUUAUGUCAAGAUUGCCCAUCUGAUAUGUGUGCACAGUGUGAUUUUGGUGCCUGAAGCUAUAGAAAAUGUUUAUGAAUUUUAGGGCUGGCCUGAAGUGAAAUUUUGAUGUAAUUGAAUAUAAAAUAAACAAAAAAGAAUUAAACAACAAAAAUCUGUAAAUGUCAGUAUGCAUUAUAAUGUACAUUUUUUGCAAUGUAUAAUAAAAAUUCUGUCAACAACUCUAA